UCAUGAUUGAGUGAAUUGAUUGAUUCUCCCUCAUCAUAUCUCUCCUUUGCGUCUUCCCCCCCCAAUCUCCUCCACUGUCGCUCCUUGUCGAAGUUCUCUUUCAUCCGUCUGUUCAAUUGCUUUCGGCAUUUCUUUUCUCCAUCGACAUCCCCACCUUUUAGACCUCACAUAGCAGCCUUCGCUGUAUCCAUCAGACGCUCAUGGUUUUUGGCCGCCUGGCUAACCUCCUCACCACUGCAGACACGGGCUCGAAUAUUGUGGAUGAUGGAAGGGGAGGCAGCUCGUUUGCAAUGCCGCAUGCGGAAGAGCUGCCUCAGGCCGGCGGAUCUGCCGUCAGAGUCGAAGAGGAGAUAGACUCGGAAUCUGCCCGGCCACCCUAUAUUCACGCCAUGUUAGCAGGAGGCAUCGGAGGGACCACCGGAGACAUGUUGAUGCACUCGCUGGACACCGUUAAAACCCGUCAGCAGGGCGACCCCCACAUUCCCCCGAAGUACACAUCCAUGGGAAACACCUACUACACAAUAUGGAGAUACGAAGGAAUAAGAAGGGGAUUAUAUGGAGGUGUCCAGCCCGCUUUCCUCGGAUCGUUCGCAGGAACUGUCGCAUUCUUCGGCACGUACGAGUGGAGCAAACGAUUGAUGAUAGAUAACGGAAUUGCGCCCUCGGUAUCCUACUUCACGGCUGGUCUAGUCGCAGAUCUUGCUGCUGCGCCCGCAUACGUUCCCUCGGAGGUGUUGAAAACACGACUUCAAUUGCAAGGACGGCACAACAAUCCUUACUUCAAUUCCGGCUACAACUACCGCGGCGCGAUGCAUGCCGCUCGGACGAUUGUCAAGACGGAGGGCUUCAGUGCGCUGUUUUACGGUUACAAGGCCACGCUCUGGCGGGAUCUCCCGUUCUCCGCCCUGCAAUUCGCAUUCUACGAGGAGGCCCGCGGCCUGGCGAAGUCGUAUGUGGGAUCGAACAACAUCGGAUUGCCCCUGGAGAUCCUAACGGCAGCGAGCGCUGGAGGUGCCGCAGGCGUCCUCACGACCCCCCUCGACGUCGUUAAGACGCGCAUCCAAACCCAGAUCACCGAAGCACCCGCUCCAUCCCCAUCAGCAUCCACUCGACCCCCAAUCGCAACUCUAUCCCCACACUCCUCAACAAAGCAUCCCCCCUCCAAAACCGGCACCCACCCCUCUCAUAACCGACCCAUCUCCACUUCCUCGCCCUCGACCGCGCUGCGAAACCACUCCGCUGCCACCCUCGACACCUCCUCCGUCGCAACCGGCCUGAAAAUCAUCUACCGCACCGAAGGCCUCGCAGGCUGGUUCCGAGGCGUCGGGCCGCGCUUCGUCUGGACGUCCGUGCAGUCCGGCACCAUGCUCGUGCUCUACCAGACGCUCCUCCGCUGGUUCGAAGACCACCCUCUCGUCAAGGUCGAAGACCCUCUUGUAUAAACACUCUUGUAUAAAAAAACCCCAAUCACCAACCUUCCAACCCUGGGUACACCUCACCCGGGCUUUUGACGAAUAUAGAUGCAUUCAUCGGCGUUCUUUUUUCUUCCCCUUUUUGUUUGCUCGGUUGGCGGCUAUCUCAACACCUCGGUGCUGGGAUGCGAACGCGACACUUAGAAAUGCAUGCAUGGCGUGGCAUGGCAUGGCAUGGUCUGGCAUAUGACGCCCCCUGAUGUGAGGGACGGGCGGACGGACUUGUCAGAUAGCAUAGUCACAUAUAUAGUACUAGACUUUUUUUUCGGCAGACGACGUGAGACGCCUGUCGGUAGCAUUUUGGAAUCUCAUCUUUUUUG